AUAAUAGCGCCUGGCAAGCAUAUCGACUGAUUCAAGUACAAUUCGAACGGUGUUCAAUCUAAGUCUACUUCAGACGUCUUGCGAUAAAGUAUUGUUGAACUUUCUUCGUUAUUCCAACAUGGGGAACCAACCUUCGAAGAAGAAGAACAUCGUCGUUUACGUGAAGACGGGCGAACGGAUCGGCAUGGGCACGGACGACAACGUUUUCGUCGUCCUACACGACGAGAACGGACAACGGACCCGCAAGAUCAAGCUCGACAACCUGGCCAAGAACGACUUCGAGUCUGGCCAGCUUGACAGCUUCUCCGUCGCGAUCGAGAACGAGGACUUCGGGGACCCUGCCUACCUCGAGCUUCGCCGGGACAAGGUGGGGCUCCACGAUGACGAGUGGUACUGUGAGUUCGUCAGAGUUCUGAACGAGAAGACCCAGAGACUUCACAUGUUUCCUAUCCAUAGGUGGGUUCGGGAUGGCUACCCUAUCAAGGUCAAUGAACACGAUGCUGUCCUUCCGCAGGACGACGAGAACAUCGUCCAGAGACAGGAGGAACUCAAGAGGAAGCGGGCGAUGUAUACUCCGAAGUUCAUGAAGGCAACGGGUAUGAUCAUGGUUGAGAAUCUUCCAAAAGAUGAAACGUUUUCGAUCAGUCAUCAGUGGGAUCUCAAGUCCCUUGGAAUGAAGCUAAAAAUGGAAAAUCGAGUUGUCGGAUUCACAACAGAAAGAUUUGAAUCCUUACAGGAUAUGGAGGAGAUCUACAAACCGCCCCACUUCCCAAAGCCUCACAUAAUGGAUAAUUGGAAGUCGGAUAAAGAGUUUGGUAAUCAGCGGUUAUCAGGGUGCAACCCGACCGUGAUCAGACUCUGUACCAAGAUACCAUCCAAUUUCGCAUUGGAUGAGAAAGAGGUUGAGCCUCUUCUUGAAGGCCUAACGAUACCGGAAGCGAUAACAAAGAAACGAUUAUUCAUUAUCGAUCACAAGCUCCUCCAAGACCUGCCAUGUACAGACGGCCGAAAAAUUUGUGCGCCCCUUUGUCUUUUCUUCGUCAACAACGCCAAGUAUCUGAUGCCGGUUGCUAUUCAACUCAAUCAAGUCCCCGCACCGAAUAAUCCGGUGUUUUACCCGACCGACCCGGAGUAUACCUGGCUCUUGGCGAAGUGCUUCUUCAACCUGGCCGAUGCGGCCAUCCACGAGUCGGGCACCCAUCUUGGCUUUACCCAUCUGAUCGGUGAAAUCGUCGUCAUAGCAACGCAUCGUUCUCUCUCUCCAUCGCAUCCCAUCUUUCGUCUUCUCGCUCCCCACUUCAUGUAUCUAGUCGCCAUCAACAACAAAGGAAUGGCUCCUCUGCUUGGAAAGGGCAACUUCACUGACGAAAAUAUGAUAAUCGGCGCCACGGGAAUGGCGGAAAUCAUUAAACGUACAUACGCUACAUGGCGACUGGACGUAGAGGGCUCCCUCGAGACUGACCUUCUCGUGCGCGGUGUCUCUGACCCUGAAGUGUUACCUAACUACCACUACCGUGAUGAUGCCUUGCUCCUGCGUGAAGCAAUAUCAGACUACGUCAAGGAAGUCGUAGACCAUUAUUACGAUCAUCCUAGGAAGAUAGCUGCCGAUACCGAAUUACAAGAAUGGAUCCGAUUCAUAGGUACCAAACCAAGAUUUGAGGGAGAGAUCAUUGGUCACAUGAAGGGUCUUCCUAAUGAUGGCGAGUUCAAAACAGCUGAAGAAAUUGCCACCGUGGUAACAGACUUCAUUUUCAUCUACAGCGCUGGACAUGCCGCAUCAAACUUUGGCCAGUAUAAUAACUAUGGUUUCCCGCCCGCCUACCCUAUCUGGAUGAGUGGAUCACCGCCAGAAGAUAAGACUCCUCGCUCUGAAGCUGACAUUGUUGAGCAGUUACCCAACAAGAAACAGACUUUGGACAUUAUGGCGUUCAUGAGGCUGUUGAGUACCCGAGGAAGCAAGCCACUCGCAGACUUCGAGGUCCAGUACAUGCAUGGCCCAGCAUACCAAAAGGCAUUGAAAAAAUUCCGAGCUCAACUCAAACGCAUUAGCGACAUCAUUGACCAACGGAAUGAGGAGAGAGAAGAGAAGUAUCUCUGGCUGCAUCCAAGAGAAGUGCCAAACUCUAUCACGAUCUAGAUCUUCGACACUCAGUCUUAGAGUAGUGACCGUUUACCUUUAGUUAAAAUUGAAAUUGAAUUUGAUGAUGGCAUCAUGAUAGGUUGACUUAAUGACUGAAUGGAUAGAUGGAUGAUUGAAUGAAUGAAUGAAUAAAUGAAUGAGUAAAUAAAGGGAUGAAUGAAGGAAGGAAGGAAUGAAGCUAGGAAUAAAUGAACAGAUCGAUCGAUUGAUGGAUGAAAAGACCAAUGAUUGAUUGACUAAUUGAUUGAUUGGUUGAUUGAUACUGUUUGGGCUUUUUAACCGUGUAUAAAUAAAAUCAAUCUUAUCUUUCUUAUCUUAUCUAUCUUAUCUUAUCUUAUAAUCUUAUCUUAUUGAUUGAUCGAUUGAUGAGUAUGUUAUUUUGUUUGGUUGAUUAAUUGAAUGGUUGGUUGGUGGAUUGAUAAGACAAGAAACAUAAAGAUAUAAUGUAAAUCAUAUGCAUGUACUUAAGACAAUAUAUAGCAAAUGAAAGCCAAAAUCUUAUCCAUCUUAUAUUAUCUAUCUUAUCUUAUUAAUUGAUCGAUUGAUGAGUAUGUUAUUUUGUUUGGUUGAUUAAUUGAAUGGUUGGUUGGUGGAUUAAUAAGACAAGAAACAUAAAGAUAUAAUGUAAAUCAUAUGCAUGUACUUAAGACAAUAUAUAGCAAAUGAAAGCCAAAAUGGCUCUCUAUUUGGCAUGUCAUUCUUAUAGGUAACAGGUAUUUAAAGGAGAAUGAAACCCUUGAAACCAGCUGAAUCCAUAUCAAAGAGAAAAAUCAAAGAAACAUAUUAGUCCAGUCAAUCUAGCCAGAAUAGGGGGGUAACCCACCACUAAUUGCAACACGAGAUAUUCCACUGAAAUGCUUUCCAGGAAGGUCCCCUUAACAACAUACUAAAAGUCCCAAGAAAUCCAAGUAGUAGAAAUUUAUGAAAUUUGCAUAUUAUGCAAAUUAGCCAUGAAAAAUUAGAAAAAGAAGGGUAAUAGUCCAAAGAUUACAAAUUAAAUGUCCAAAACAAUUUAAUUUGAAUGGAAAUUCAUGAUAAAUAACUGAAUUCAAUGUUUUU